AUGGAGAAAAGGCAAGCAAAGAGAAGGAUAGUGUUAGUCCCACUUCCAGUACAAGGCCAUGUAACCCCCUUUAUGCAACUCGGGAAAGCCCUUUACAUGAAGGGCUUCUCAGUUACAGUUGUUCAAGGACACUUCCAUCAAGUAAGCUCUUCUUCUCAACAACAUGACUUCCCUGGUUUUCAAUUUAUCACCAUACCGGAAAGCUUACAAGAGUCCGAGUUCGAGAGACUUGGACCAAUCGAGUUUAUGAUGACGCUCAACAAAACUAGUGAGGCUAGCUUCAAGGACUGUAUUGGUCAUUUGAUGGUGCAACAUGGCAAUGAUAUUUCAUGUAUCAUCUACGACGAGUUCAUGUACUUUUCUGAAGCUGCAGCUAAGGAAUUCAAACUUCCUAGUGUCGUAUUCAACACUUCAAGUGCUACAAAUCAAGCUUGCCGUACCUUUUUAAGCAAAGUCAAUGCUGAGAAGUUCUUGGCCAACAUGGAAGAUCAUGAAGUGCAAGACAAGGUGGUGGAAAAUUUGCACCCAUUAAGAUACAAUGAUCUACCGGUUUCAGGAUUGGGGCCAGUAGAGCGAGUUUUGGAUCUCUGCAAGGAAGCAGUCAAGGAAAGAAGAGCUUUCGCUGUUAUCAUCAACACGGUGAGCUGUCUAGAGAACUCUUCUUUGACAUGGCUGGAACAAGAACUUGGAAUUCCGGUGUACUCUUGA